UUGAAGGAUCAAACAAACAGUAACUCAAUUCAGACACUUGAACCACUGCAUACAUCACAAAUAUAUAUAUAUUGUAGAAGGAUCAAACAAACAAUAACUCAAUACAGAAACUUGAACCACUGCAUACAUUCCAAACUACUGACAAUGAGCCCAACUCUUUCCACAGCCGCACCAACAAGCCAAUCUCUUCCUCCUCCUCCUCCUCCUCCUCCUCCUCUUGAUCUUCCCAAGUAUCUGCAAGAUUCUCAACUCACCCAAGAAUGCAGAGACUUACUCUCCAUCCUUCCUACAGAAAAGGGCUGGCUCUCAACCCAUUUGCACCAAUACCAGGGCUUCUGGUAUGCGACCAGGCAUAUGCAAGGAGUCCUUUCAUGUCAAAAACACUUCAAAGCUCAUGACACUGACAUCCUCCUUGUCACCACUCCCAAAUCAGGCACAACCUGGUUAAAGGCCAUCACCUUCGCCCUACUCAACAGGGAAAACUACCCUGACACUACCCAAAACCACCCUUUGCUCACAGCCAACCCUCAUGAUCUUGUCCCCUUCUUGGAGCUCAAGCUCUAUGUCGAAGGCCAGUGCCCCGACCUCGCGCCCUUUGGGUCGCCGAGGCUCUUCUCGACGCACUUGCCGACCGUGUCGCUGCCGGAGUCCGUUACUGCCUCCUCUUGCAAGCUUGUGUAUCUGUGUAGGAAUCCAAGGGACGUCUUUGUUUCCUUCUGGCACUUUACCAACAAGCUAAGGCUCCACAACAUGGGCACCAACUCGCUCGACGAGGUGUACGACAAGUUCUGCAGGGGAGUGAGCAUUUACGGACCCUUUUGGGAUCAUGUGUUGGGGUACUGGAGAGAGAGUUUGGAGAUGCCUCACAAGGUGUUUUUCUUGAAGUAUGAAGACCUGAAAGAGAAACCAGAUGUGAACUUGAGGCGUCUGGCUGAGUUUUUGGGGUGCCCAUUCUCAGCAGAGGAAGAGACAGAGGGGGUGGUGGAUGAAAUCUUGAAGCUCUGUAGUUUUGACAAUUUGAGUAAUCUGGAGGUGAAUAGAAUAGCGAAGCUGUCGUCCGGCGAGGAAAAUAAUACGUUUUUCCGGCGAGGGGUGGUCGGGGAUUGGAUGAACUAUCUGACAGAUGAGAUGAUUGAACGUCUUGAUCAAAUUACUGAGCAGAAGUUGCAGGGUUCUGGAUUAAAACUUAGGUGCGUGCUUUAAUCAGUUGCGUCUGUUUUGCUUCUGUUUGCAAGCUUGUGUUGGGGAUUUUUUGAGCUUUGUUUUGCUUUCGGUGCUGCAUAAAAAGCUUAACAAGUUAAUGUUCAGUAAUUAUUGAGCAAUUAUGUUUUGUAAUAAUCAAUGUAGCUAUCACUGUUUAAUUUCAAUCUUAAUUAUCAUAAAGUCAUUUAACAAUCA